CAUUCUCUUCAUCUCUAUUUCUCACUUACAUAAAAUGGCACCGGGCCAUUCUCCAUGUGCAUCAUGCAAAUUACUAAGAAGACGAUGUAUCAAGGACUGCAUUUUCGCACCCUAUUUUCCAUCUAACGACCCUCACAAGUUCGCGGUUGUUCACAAAGUCUUUGGUGCUAGUAAUGUUAGCAAAAUGUUACAGGGCCUUCCGCUUCAUCAAAGAGAGGAUGCGGUGAACAGCCUAGUCUAUGAAGCGAAUGCCAGAACGAAAGACCCAGUGUAUGGAUGUGUAGGAGAGAUUUCACACUUACAAAACCAAGUUUCACAGUUGCAAAUGCAGUUAGCCACUACUCAUGCCGAGAUACUAUGCAUCCGAAUGCAACAAGAGCCACUUGCACCAACACCGACUAAUGGUCUAGUCCCGGUCCACCCUACACACAACAACAUGUUAACAACAGACCGGAAGGUUGCUUCAAAUGACAUAUCAUAUUCAUGUCUACACAACAUCACUAAUCCGAAUAAUCAAUACUUCAACUUCACUUCUAACGGUGUUAUCGCCUAUGACGAUCUAAAGAGGGAAUCAUCUUCUCUUUGGACAUGAUUAUAUAUAUAUAUAGAGGUAGCUAUAAAUCUUGGGCGUUGACUUGUUUUAAGUCUUCCUAGUUGCUUCUUGUAUGUGUUUUGCAUGGGUGUGUAAGUGAGUGAUUCUCAUUUCUCACCUGGGUUUUUGUCUUUACUAGAAAUAAAGCAAGACAACAAAACAUAGCAAGUUAA